AUGACAACUGCUCGAUUUUAUUGCCAAUACUGCAUGGCAUCACUUCUUGGGAAGAAGUAUGUACUAAAGGAUGACAAUCCAUACUGUGUUUCUUGUUACGAUCGUAUCUUUUCUAACUAUUGUGAGGAGUGCAAAGAACCAAUUGAAUCGGGUUCCAAGGAUCUUUGUUACAAAGGCCGCCACUGGCAUGAAGGAUGCUUUAACUGCACCAAAUGCAAUCACUCUUUGGUGGAAAAGCCUUUUGUUGCCAAGGAUGAGCGGCUGCUGUGCUCGGAAUGCUAUUCUAACGAGUGCUCUUCCAAGUGCUUUCACUGCAAGAAGACCAUCAUGCCUGGUUCCCGCAAAAUGGAAUUUAAGGGUAACUACUGGCAUGAAACUUGCUUUGUGUGUGAGCACUGCCGACAGCCAAUAGGAACGAAACCUUUGAUUUCCAAAGAGAGUGGCAAUUACUGCGUGCCGUGUUUUGAGAAGGAGUUUGCUCACUACUGCAGCUUUUGUAAGAAGGUGAUAACUUCAGGUGGGAUAACGUUCCACGACCAGCCGUGGCAUAAGGAGUGUUUUCUGUGCAGCGGCUGUAGGAAAGAGCUCUGUGAGGAAGAGUUCAUGUCCAGGGAUGACUACCCAUUCUGUGUGGACUGCUACAACCAUCUGUACGCCAAAAAGUGUGCCUCUUGCACCAAGCCUAUUACUGGUCUCAGAGGUGCCAAGUUUAUCUGCUUUCAAGACCGCCAGUGGCACAGUGAAUGCUUUAACUGUGGGAAGUGUUCGGUCUCCUUGGUGGGGGAAGGCUUCCUGACUCACAACAAGGAAAUCUUCUGCCGCAAAUGUGGCUCUGGGGUGGACACUGACAUCUAG